GGGCUUGUGUUGUUGCGCGGUUUAAGUUUGGUUCACGCGGAAAAGAGAGGUUUUUUUUAGCUCUUUCCUCCUACCGAUUCAGUGGGUUUGGUGGAUGCUGAUGGAUACGCGCUCAGUUUAGGUGAAUUUGGCGCGAUUUGUGUGAAAAGGAGGCGCUUUUGACUGUUCAUUCACUUGGUUAUGUUUCGUAGUACAGGAUGCGGUUGCUAGAGAAAGAUUUUCUACUCAUUUUUUUUUCGGGCAGCCUUCCUUCGAAGAUACAGUAGUAGAAUGUAGUUAAACAUGAUACUACUACCCCUGCCCAAAAAAUGAUGUUGUUCUACUACCCCUGCCCGGGUUGAAUAAUUGUGCCCGUGGUCAGUUUCGUGUGCCUCCUGAGUUACAUCUGAACUGCUUCUCUUAAUGCAGUCCCUAUUGUAUAGCACUUAUAGUUGGUCUGAUAUGAGCUUUAUUGGUUAUAUUUACAUGUGAUGCAUAUGCUUCUGCUAUUAUUGUACUGUCUUGUCUUUUUUUCUUCUUUUUCUGUAGUGGUUACUAGUGGAAGUUAGCGCACUGCAUCCCUUGUAGUGGGAUCCUGACCAAAUCGAGUGUCCAUCUAACCAACCAACCAACCAACCCAACUAACUGUACUGAAAUGUCAUUGCUUUCAGGAUGGUACGGUUUAGUAAAUUGAGGUUGGUGGUGGGUUGGUGGACAUACUAGGGGAAGGUCUUUUCCUGAGUUUAAGGGAGAUGCUUGCCUUUAUCUAGGAGGCCCUUUUUGAUACUUCAGCAGAGUUCUUGCCUUCUGGAGUAGAUGUCAUUCCGUAGCAUCGUGCGUGAUGUAAGGGAUGGUUUCGGGAGCUUAUCUAGGAGGGGGUUUGAGGUCAGGUUUCUGAGUCCUCGCAGAGGGAAAUCUCAUGGUGCUGUCCAUGAACUGCACGACCCAGUGCCUGUGGUACAGAGCAGCUGCUGGGCUAGCUUGCCUCCUGAAUUACUUCGAGAUGUGAUUGAGAGGUUGGAGACCAGUGAGGAUACAUGGCCUUCUAGGAAGCAUGUAGUUGCUUGUGCAGCUGUCUGCAGAACAUGGAGGGAGAUGUGUAGAGAGAUUGUCAAGAGCCCAGAGGUCUCUGGAAAAAUCACUUUUCCUGUUUCCCUAAAGCAGCCUGGGCCUCGAGAUGGAACUAUUCAGUGUUUCAUUAAGAGGGAUAAAUCUACCCAAGUCUACAGUCUGUACCUUAGUUUUAGCUCUGCUGUCCCUGCCGAAGAUGGUAAAUUCCUUCUAUCAGCCAAAAGGAACUGCCGUCCAACAUAUACAGAAUAUACAAUAUCAAUAAAUUCUGGUGAUAUAUCUAGGUCUACAAGUAACAACACAUACAUUGGGAAAUUAAGGUCAAAUUUCCUUGGUACAAAAUUUGUAAUAUACGAUACUCAGCCACCAUAUAAUGCAACUAGUCCUACCGUGGCAGGGAAAACAAACCAGAGAUUCUACUCCAAGAAGGGGGGGUCGACCAAGGGUUCUUGCAGCCGUUACAGCAUAGGACAAGUCUCAUACGAGCUGAAUGUCCUGGGAACUCGAGGUCCAAGGCGGAUGAACUGCGUAAUGCACUCCAUCCCAGCUUCAUGCCUCGAGGCUGGUGGCAGUGUCCCUUGCCAGCCGGACAGCAUUGUUGCCCACUCUGUUGGCGAAAUGUUCAGCAGCAUCCCCUUGUCAAAGUCAUCUACUAUGGACCACUCUAUGCACUUCAGCAGUUCCCGGUUCUCUGACGCCAUAACAGCGGAUGCCAUUGUUAGCGGAGGCCAGGCAUUGAGCAACGCUGAUGACGAAGAGAGCACGGACACACCUUUGGUCCUCCGCAACAAGGCUCCGAGAUGGCAUGAGCAGCUGCAGUGCUGGUGCCUCAACUUCCGGGGUCGGGUGACCGUCGCCUCGGUCAAGAACUUCCAGCUAGUCGCUGCUGUGAUGACGCAGCCUGCCGUCGGAGCCCCGACCCCGUCGCAGGCAGCCCCGCUGCCACUGCCAGCUCCAGCUCCAGGUCCGCCUCUGCCAGACCAGGAGAAGGUCUUACUGCAGUUCGGGAAGGUCGGCAAGGACAUUUUCACCAUGGACUACUGCUACCCGCUGUCCGCCUUCCAGGCCUUCGCCAUCUGCCUCAGCAGCUUCGACACCAAGCUGGCUUGCGAAUAAAUUCGAUGACUGUAGUUCUUAUCGAAUAAUCAUCAAAGACACUGAUUGUCAGUGUGUUCGUCUAAGAAUUGAAGCUGACUCUGUCCUCAAGUUCUAGCCAUGACGCCAUUCCGCACCUGGUGACGGUGCCUUGUUAACUCUGAAACAGCCCCCCCUAAACGUGUGUGUGUGUGUGGUGUGGGGUGGGGGGGGGGGGGGGGGGGGCUGAAUCUGUUUCAGCAGCUUACUUGUGAUAAUCGGUGGCUGCUGUGUUGCUGUUUGACUGGUGUUGUAUCGUAUGCUCAUUUCUUUCCAGUUCUGUAGCUUCCCCUGUAACAUUAACCUGGAUGUUUUUCAGCCAUUUCGUUGGAUUGUUUACCGGGGAUGACAUGUAUGAACAGAGAUAGUUACAGCUGUAAUGAAUUGUGGUCUGGAUAAUUUUGUUUUCGCGGUUGCCAUUCAAAAA